GCCACCGGGAGCCGAUGGAGCGUUGCCUGCUGGGCAGCCAGGUGGUGCAGCUGCCGCAGGCGCUGUGCGAGCAGGAGGCCCUGCUGCGUGCCGUCCUCAGCAUCGACACCUGGAACAACGUCCUCUCGGAGGCACACAAGAUGCGGCUCAUGGAAUUUCUGCCCAACUUCGGCGAAAAUGACAAGGAGGAGAAAGUGGAGACCCUGCAGAGGCUGUUCAGCGGGUGCAACUUCAAGUUUGGCAAUCCCAUCCACUGCUUCUUCCUGCGGCUGAGGGAUGGCUUGCUGGUGCCCGAUAUUGCACGCACAGCAUCACUGGUCCGCAAGGCCAGCUACCGGGACUACCGGCUGAACCAACGCCGCUACCACUGUCGCCUGUUGCAGGACAUCUUAGUGUCACGCAAGCGGCUGCUGGACGCCUGCCUGGACUGGGGUCCCUGGGGUGGAGUGCCCCGUCCCAUAGGAGGGGGUGCGGCGGGGGGAUGUGGAGGCCCCCGCCAGGUGCCUCUGGCGCAACGCACCCGCUGGCGUUACUGCACUGAACUGCAGGAGCUGCGUGACCGCCUGGGGGAGCCACGCACCUCAGACGAGGAUGACCUUUGCUCUGAGGGUGGGGGGCCCCCCAAGCUGCUGCGCAAGUACCGCCGACAGGUGCACCACUUUGAGAGCGCCCUGAGCCCUGAGCUAAACCGUGUCCCCUCCACUUUGGCUGCUGGACCCCAGGGACCGCACCGGUGCGAUACCAGUUCGGGUCGUUUCCUAAGCAAGUGCCUCACUCUAUCAGAAAUCACCGAGGAACGAUUUCGAGACAUGCUGUUGGCUCACAGGCAGAAACGACUGGCUGGUUUGAACACGGCUGAACUGGAUACCUCCUCUGUGACCUUGGAGGAAGUGAUUAGCCGCACCAACCUGUCACGGAGGCCCCAGCUGCGACCUCAGGACGGCCGACUCAAGCGGCCACGGGUUGGGGGAGCCCCGCCCUCCUCCGUCGCGCCCGUGGUGGCCAGCAGCCCGCCCCCUGCCACGCCAGCCCCUCCAUCACCCCCUCCGGUUCCCAGCAGCACGGCUGCCGAGCUACUCCUGCCGGCUGCCGACUCGGAGGAGGAUGAAGAGGAAGAAGCAACUGCAGUGGAGCCCCCCAGUCCUGUGCUGCCCCCCAGGGGCCGCCCAGCCAGCCCCCCUGCUGUACAGCAGCCCUCGUGCUUCUUUGCCCUGCUGAGGGACCUCUUCAAUGAGACUGCCGAGCAGAAGAUGUCUGCCACCAAGCUCGAGGAGCGUGUCAAGACCUGGAGUCACUCCACGGGGGCCCAGCAGGUGGAGUGGUUUGGAAGGCGCGACAGCUGGCCUGACAUGGUCUCCUCUGCCCUGCGCUUCCUGGCGGGGGACUACAUAGGGCUGCUGCCGGAGGACUUUGUGCCAUACCUGGACUACAAGGAGAAGCAGCAACAGUGGCAGUGGAUAGGGGCAGGCCGAGACUCGGACACGCAAACGCAUGCCCUCUGUCAACACUGGCUCCAGGGUCGAGAGCCCAUGGAUGCCCUGGAGGCCUCUCAGGGCUCGCCACCACCGCCAAAGUCCACAACGGACUGGACUGUGCGCCCGACCACAGACCACGAGCGCUCGCACUACCGCACACAGGAGUGUGUGCGGUACCAGAACCCACAUCGGGCAUUCACGUUCCGGGUGCACGGCUAUGAGGCAGUGGUUGGACCGGUAAAGGGCGUCUACGGCAAGGAGAGUGGUGUGAACAAGGCUCGGGAGCACUCGCUACUGGUCUCCGACCGGCCACCGUUUGUCACCAUUCUCUCACUCGUGCGGGAUGCAGCUGCUCGACUGCCCAAUGGUGAAGGAACACGUGCUGACAUCUGUGAGCUGCUCAAGGACUCGCAGUACCUGGCGGAGGCCAGCGACCAGCAGAUCCACACAGUGGUGAGUGGAGCCCUGGACCGGCUGCACUACGAGAAGGAUCCCUGUGUCAAGUAUGAUGUCAACCGCAAGCUCUGGAUCUACCUGCACCGCUGCCGCACUGAGGAAGAAUUCGAAAAGAUCCACCAGGCACAGGCCGCUGCAGCUAAAGCCAAGAAGGCAAUUCAGAAGAACAAGCUGCCCCGUCUGAAGUCUAAGGAAAGCCCCAAGGCAGCCGAGCCAGAGAACGACGAGCCCGACCAAGCGGCCACCCCCGUCGCCCCCUCCACCAGCGCCAGCGAGUGGAAGCCCCCGAGCUGCCAACCAGCCGGCCCCCACCACCGGCCCCGCCUGUCCCCACCCCACCAGAAGAGCCCUCGCCUCCUGAGCCCAAGCUGGUCAAAGGGCUUCCAGACGAUAGUGAUCAAGCAGGAGCCCAAAAACAAGCCUGUGAUGGCACGCCUGGUCUCUGGCUCGCAGCAGGUGGUGUGCAACCUGGUGGGGGGCAGCCCCCGGCCGGCCCUGCGUAUCCAGGGGGCACCGUUCCUGCCCGCUCCCCGCCUCAUCACGGUCGCCCAGCAGGGACCCCCAGCCACGGCCACGCCCAUGCUGCUGGCCACACAGCCCACCGUUGUCCUCGCCAACCAGAGCGGGUCGCUCAAGUCCAGCCCAGCGUACGUGAUGGGCACCACGGGACCCCCUGGCACGGCGGCCAUGGUGGUUGGCGGCCAGCCCCUCAAGGGCAUCAAGGUGAUCCCCGUGCCGCCACGUGGCGCGCGGCCUCUGCUGGCACGCCUCAUUGGGCCACCACCGGCAGGACUCAGAGCCGUGCAUCCCACUGCCACCACCAACACCCCAGUUUCCUCUUCAUCACUCAUUGUACAGGUGCAACAGCCACAAGCGGGUGAAGGAGCCCCGCGGCCUGACUGUCCCUCAUCGUGAUCUUCUGCCAUGUACAUUACACAUCAAUUUGCUUA